UAGUAGAAGUAAGAAUCUCAGGCUGCAUGAUAGCCCCAUACAAAUUCUACAAGGCAGAGAAGUUUUAUAGCGCAUAACCCAAUUCACUGCUCCUUCUUCAGUCUCAACACUCUGCGUUUCGUUUUGAUUCGAGAGAGACCAAUGGGGUGGAUCGGAGAUACUGCCAAUUCCUUCAAGUCCAUUCAACUCAGACAAUCUCUAACCCAGCUCGUCAAUCUUGGCUUGAUUGUGUCAUCAGCUCUAAUGAUAUGGAAAGGAUUAAUGUGUAUAACUGGCAGUGAAUCACCAGUAGUAGUUGUACUUUCUGAAAGCAUGGAACCUGGUUUCCAGAGAGGUGACAUUCUGUUUUUGCAAAUGAGCAAGGAUCCCAUUCGCACAGGAGAGAUUGUUGUUUUCAAUGUAGAAGGACGUGAUAUUCCAAUUGUUCACCGAGUAAUACAGGUUCAUGAACGUCAAGACACUGGAGAAGCUUAUAUCCUCACUAAAGGGGACAAUAACCCAAUGGACGACAGGUUUUUGUACAAACAUGGUCAGCAUUGGCUGCAGAAACAUCAUAUAAUGGGCAGAGCUGUUGGAUUCUUACCUUAUGUUGGCUGGGUGACAAUAAUGAUGACCGAAAAGCCCGUAUUGAAGUACAUACUAAUCGGGGCGUUGGGGUUGCUGGUUAUAAUUUCAAAAGAUUAAUUAGGUGUACGAUUCUUGAGGCAUAUUCGUAUAAACAUACGUUAAUUUAGCUGUCUAGGGAGAUUACUAUUAAAUAGUACAAUACAUUGGAGAUGAAUUCCUGAACUUUGCUCGCUGGCUUUUGCUUAAUGUCUAUUUACAUGUCACUGCCUUCCAGAGUCCAGACUCAGCUGAGUAUGAGAGAAGAGAACACUGGAUAUUA